GAUCUUGCCUAUUACUGGCCUCAGUAUACCCCUAUAACUAGUGCUGCGGAUCAUGAUAUCAUGCUAUUCACCUUCUCCAAGUGCACCGGACAUGCUGGGUCCCGAAUAGGGUGGGCUAUCGUCAAGGAUGAACGGAUCGCUAGGCGGAUGACAAAGUUUAUUGAGUUGAGCAGUAUUGGCGUCUCUAAAGAAUCUCAGCUACGAGCUGCGAAGAUUCUUGAAGUGAUCAGUGAUGAUGGCUUGCAGAACUUUGGGUUUGAGAACUUCUUUGAGUACAGCCACCGUGUCAUGGCUGAGAGAUGGGAAAGGCUGCGGGAGGUUGUGGAAAGCAGCGAGAUUUUCAGGCUACCAGAGUACCCCGAAGAUUUUUGCAACUUCAAUAAAGAACUCACUAGAUCCUGUCCCGGUAAAAAUGCCCCAUACGUUUGAUGUAGUUUGCAUUUAAAUUUAUAUUUUCCAUUUUUUUUCCCUAAUGAUUUUGGUUUCUUGAGGGGAAAAAAAUAACAGCAUUUGCAUGGCUGGAGAGCAAAGAGGGUCGGGACAUGGAGUCCCUUUUCAAGGAGCAUAAGAUACUGACGAGAAGUGGGAUGCGAUUUGGGUCGGAAGUGAAGCAUGUGAGAAUCAGCAUGGUGAGUCGGGAGGAGAUGUUCGACCUUUUCUUGGAAAGGUUAGCUGCCAUUGGAAAGAGCGCCUAGCAGGGGAUGGAGGACCUAUAGGACCUACCCAAGCUUUUAAGAUGGGUUGAUGGGCCAGAAAGCCUUUAAAAUCCUAUAUAGAGGGUUGGGAAUUAUUGGGUUUUUGUCCUCAAUAAGGUUGUAGCGUAAUAAAUGCGCUUCUGGAAAACAAAUUUUGUGGUGCUUUUAUUGUAGGUUUUGUAGAGAAACAAAUCUGUUCUAAAAUAUAAGUAGUUUGCUUUU